GAGGCAGAGGGAGCGAGAGGCAGAGGAGCGAGAGGCAGAGGAGCCGAGAGGCAGCCGAGAGGCAAAGAGGAGCGAGAGGCAGAGGGAGCCAGGAGAGGCAAAGAGCAGAGGGAGCCAGAGGCAGAGGAGCCAGAGGCAGAGGGAGCCGAGAGGCAGAGAGAGGCAGAGAGAGAGGCAGAGGGAGCGAGAGAGGGAGCCAGGAGGCAGAGGGAGCCGAGCAGAGGGAGCCAGGAGGCAGAGGAGCGCAGAGGCAGAGGGGAGCGGAGAGUGAGGGAGCGAGGCAGAGGGAGCCAGGAGGCAGAGGGAACCGUAGAGGCAGAGGGAGCGAGAGGUGAGGGGAAACCAGGCAGAGGGAGCGAGAGGCAGAGGGAGCGAGGCAGAGGAGCCGAGAGC